GAUCAGAUAAAGUUGCUUGAUGGCGCGGCGCAUUGUGGGAUAUGUGUCCGCAGGAGGCCGGAAGCCCCGGCUCAUUGUCAGGUCGUCCUGGGCGCAACUUGUCCCGGGACCUGGGUUUCUGCCGCUCGCCAACCAUCCAGCUACACCUGCCUUCCAGAAAUAUAAAACCUGCCCGGCCGCAAGGUAGGCGGCACUCCGCUGGGAAAGACUCGCUCUGUGUGUGUCCCUCUCCACGCCAGCGCCACAGAGCUUGAGAGAAAGUAGAGGGCAAACGUUCACAUCCAGACCUUGCAGAAUGAGUGAGGAGAACCAGGAUCUGACUGACAACGACCACUGCCUGAUUGAGGAGAAGCCCGACGACGUCCUUGUGGACAUCCCUGCCGCCGAGUGCGUCAAGACUGUACGGAGGGGCAGACCCGCCGGAGAUGGCCCGAUGCCCUGCACGCUGUGCGGGAAGGUCUUCCCCUACGAGUCCAUGCUGCGGCGCCACUGGCUGGCCCACACCGAGGCCCGGCCCUUCAUCUGCGGCAUCUGCGGCAGGGCCUACAAGAGCAACCAGGACUGCACGAGGCACCAGCGCAUCCACACCGAGGAGAAGAGCGUGGCCUGUCCCGAGUGCGGCAGGGCCUUCACCCACUUCUCGCACCUGCAGGCCCACCGGAGGAUCCACACCGGGGAGAAGCCCUUCUCCUGCCCCGUCUGCGGCAAGUGCUUCACCCAGUCCUCGCAGGUCCAGAGACACCGGCGCAUUCACACGAAGGAGCGGCGCUUCACCUGCUCCGACUGUGGGGAGGUCUUCGCCCGCUCCAAUAACCUGCAGAUGCACCGUCGCGUUCACGCCAAGGAGACCAGCUUCGCCUGACGCUGGCCCGGCAACUUAUCCGGCCGGCGCGCGCCACGCCAGCGACCGACACUUCUCCCGCGAGGCCCUCACCGUCUCCUCCCAGCUCCUGAGCGCACCAGGCCUGCCUCAUCUGCAGGAGGGGCUUCACUGGGUCGUCCCGGCUCUGGACCCUCUGGCAUAGAAGCAUUCUGAAUGACGAGACUGUGGGAGGGCCUAGGCCCAGUCCUCUCACCGCCUGGCCCGCCAGCGGACUCAUCCCACCGGGUAGGGUGGACGUGAUUCUUAUUCGGUUGGGGUGGGCUGACGUCUGCUUCCGUCCACCCUUGGGUCUGUAUCUGAGUUUGAGCGCUCCGCCGGUGGCCCUGAAAGCUUCCCCUCGGCUUGUCACUCUGGAGAGGUAAACCGCUCCCCCCCCCCCCCAGUCGUGGUGGAUGGACAGGGGUGGAGUCUGAGGGGGUGGGGGGUAGAAUAUGACGUGGCUGCAAGUGAGUUUCUCACUCCAGCCACGCAUACACGGACACCUGCCUCUGCUGGAGAACUUUGUGAGGAGGGUGAGGUGGGACCCGUGAUAAUGCGGUUGCAGAACGUAGUGGAGUACAGGUUUGCCCCACGGUGUGGUACUGAAGCCCAGUUCCUUCAGUCUGCACAGUGUCCGUAUCACCCCGUUCUCUGUACAUCCGUGUGGCAAUUUCACAGCCUUUUAAAAGUCUUCUGUAGUAUCUACCUCCACCUCUACCCCUGGCACCCAUGACUGUCUGUGCAAGGAAAACACACCAACUUGCCCCACGUAUCUCAUUUGGAUUUACCCCCUCUCAGCUUAACCCCAUGCCCUCUGGUGUUCGACAUUUCACCCUGGGGGAAGAGAUUGCAGUAAUCUGUGCUUCUCUUGAUCUUAUAAGUCUCUGUCAGGUCGCACUUCGGACGAAUAUCUCUCAUAAUCUUAUAAACCUCUAUCACAUCUUCCUUCAGUCUCCGCUGCUCCAAAGAAUGUACCCCGGGCUUUUCCGACCUCGGCCCCUCCAAUCCCCGCAGGGUCCUGCUGAGCCUCUGCGCCCUCUCCAGAGGCCCCACGUUCCCCCUGCGGCGGGCUGAAAGGCUACAGCCACGCGGUCUUGGCGAUGACAGUACGGGACGGGCUGGGGCUCGGAGGGUGGGAGAGGUGUCGGCUGUGGGAGGCGCCGUGGGGACAGCCCGGGACAGAAUCUGCUGUGUCGUUUUGUAAAUGUUGGUUAUGGGAAGUGGGUGAAAUUCUAGACCCUAUUCUAAUGCUGUGGUAAAAUAAUAAAUAAACCAGUGUUCUUUCAAACAUGCAGUCCGUUUA